UGGGACAAAACUUCUAUGCUCAUUAAGACUUUGCUUUUCGAGAGGAACUUUAGCAGAUGUAUUGCGUUCAUGUUUCAACCCCAAUCUUUCAUGUACAUACGUUCUUUUGAAGUUUUGUCCCAUGCAUGGGUCUUCAGCGUACUUUAUCAUCAUCGGGCUCGUUCCAAGCCGUUCUUGUAAAGUCUUCUUCAUGACUGUUUUGGCUUUGGCCCCAUUCUGUCAAAGACCGCGGGUCUUGAUCUUGCCCCCCAAUCCAAUCAAAGACGGAAUAUUUCGGCUUAGAAGUCACUUCGUCCUCUUUAUCGUUAGGCCUCUUCUUCUUCCGCUCUUUACUCCAGCAGUCCAGCCGCUUCGAUGUUCUGAAUAUUUAAUUCUCCGUCUCUUCGAUCUUCGAUUUUACACCAGACUCUCCUUCUCCUUCUCAAUUAAUAUGAAAACCCCACUCAUCGUAAUAGGCUAUUUAUAUGCAGCGGCAGCAGUGGUAAGUCUGAUUUCUAAUAAUCUCUUCUCUCUCGCACUAGACUGGUUAAAGAAGUUAAGAAGCAACUCUCAAGAUCCUUCAGAAAGAUUUAAAGAGGUUUGGAUCUGCUGCAAAAGGAGAUGGAUCCGCUCAAUGUGUCUGAUUCAAUCCUAGAAACACAAGAUGCAUCUAGCCCCGCAAACCCCACACCCACAGAGAAUCAAAACCCCUCCCCUAUUCAAGUUUCUGGUGUUAAAGCAGAAAAUGGGAGUGCUGGGAAAAAGAAAUCAUAUCUUUGGAGUCAUUUUACUCUCAUUCCGGGGAGGGAUCCAAAAGACCCUAUGUGCUCUUGUAACUAUUGUGGGGCACAAUACAAGUGUCAUAGUAGGAAGCACGGAACUAGUAGUAUGAAAGUUCAUUUUGAGCAUCAAUGUAAAAAAAAAUCCACACAAAGUCCAGGAUAAGAAACAGAAUUGUUUGAGCUUUAACACAUCUGGAAAUGGUAAUUGGCAGAUCCUAUUGAAGAUCCAUCAAUUGAUAAUUUUGAUAUAUUGUCAUGGUGGAAGUUCAACUCUUCCAAGUAUGUUGUACUUUCUCAAAUUGCAAAAGAUGUUCUUGCCAUUCCUGUGUCAACUGUGGCUUCCGAGUCUGCGUUUAGCACUGGCGGUCGACUCUUGGAUCCAUUUAGGAGUUCAUUGAGUCCUAAGACAGUGCAAGAGUUGAUAUGCACUCAGAAUUGGCUUCGAGGCUCUUUUCUUUCAGAAAACAUAUACAUGGAGAAGAUGGAGGAGUAUGCUAUUGCAGAUUUAGGCAAUUGUAUCUUUUAUCUAAAUUUAAUAUUUGAUAUUAUUUAUAGCACUUUAUAUGUGAAUUAUUUAUCGUCUUUUCAGGUGAAACUUCUACAGGCAAUGGUGAUGCAUUCUCUGGGCAUUUUGGAGCUUUGGAUUGAUUGAUCAAGAUCUGGAUGUUGUUUGGUCUUACUUUUGCAAUCUGCAUAAUACUUAUAAUUCUGAAUUCAAGAAAUGCUUUUUGCUGUUGCUGUGAUUCAGUAUUGCUACUUGCUAGUUUUUGCCUUUUUUCCAAGUCUCAAUGAACUUCAUUAGUUUUUUUGUCAUGAGACAAUGUAAAGCUUUAAGAUUCUGCUGCAAUUUGCCGCAGCCAACUUUUAUAUUAA